AUGGAUGCGACAUCAGCUACGCCUAGCUACUUGCCCUGGGAUACCUCGGCGGGCAAUCGGUUUGCCAACUAUUCUUCUCAUGAUCAUAGCGCACCACUCUGGAUUGCUGCGCUUUUAGGACUUAUUUACGUAGUCGGUAUGCUCAUGAUUAGAGUAUUCAUCAAAUGGCACGUCUUUGGCUGGGAUGACUGCCUGAUCGUCGCAAGCACUACCAUUGCCGUCAGUCAGUUCAUCCUGAUCUACAGCGCGUUGCAUAGGGGACUUGGUGAAUCUGUUCUUCAAUUACCAAAUGCAACAUUGGUGAGCAAGAUUACACGUUGGAGCGUCAUUACAUCAUUGGAUAUUGGAACUGAAGUUCUGACACUAUGCCUUCCCCCGUACAUGGUAUGGCAACUACAGAUGAGAGUUCAAGAUAAGCUCCGCGUCAUCGUGGCCUUUUCGUUCAGGCUUAUUGUCAUUGUUCUCUCCGCUUUUCAUCUCCACGCCUGGAUCGACUAUACGCUCGGUUUACCCUCUUCUAUUCUCGUUGUUCAGAGCCUGAUCUGGCAACAAGCGCUACUGGUGGUAUCGCUAGUUUCUGCCACAAUACCGAACCUCAAGGCAUUUCUGCAAUCGUUGUCUGCGAAUUGGGGUGAGCGUGACUGGAGCUAUGCCACAAGGAUACACGGCAGUGGGACGUUUGAACUCGAGAAUAUAAACGCUAGCAAACCAAAGCAAGUUGUGACAGGAAGUAGAGUUACCCUAUCACCUCAGAUUAAUCCGAGUUUCGAGAUCCGGGCUUCUACAGUAGCGGAAGAGUGUAGAAGAGGUUCGCUUGGAAGUGGAGAAAGCCAGGACCUGAUCAUUUGGAAAGAGACUGCCUGGACAAUUGAGCGUACAUGA